AUGGGGAACUCGGGGUGGCGCAGGCAGGUGCUCAAGCAUCGAGAGCGGGUGAUGAAGGUGGAGAGGGAGAGCGGCGGCGGGGAUGAGCAGGUUGGUGGGGGUAGCUGCUACAGGGAAAGGGGAAAGGGGCUGCUGUGCUGUCAUUUGGAUUGCGGGGGGCAGUCAGAAGUGUGUGGGAUGAAGCACUCGGGCGUCGGGCGGAGCAAGUGGAGCUUUCGCUGGGGGGCGAGCAGACCUGCCCCCCGCAAUCCAAAUGACAGCACAGCAGCCCCUUUCCCCUUUCCCUGUAGCAGCUACCCCCACCAACCUGCUCAUCCCUGCAGCAUCCUCCCCCGCCGCACAAUUCAACACACCACGUGUGUCUCUCUCCCUCCCUCCCUCCCUGCUUCAGCUGAACGCUAUAAGAUCCACCCGCCGCCGCUCUCCCUCUCCACCUUCAUCACCCGCUCUCGAUGCUUGAGCACCUGCCUGCGCCACCCCGAGUUCCCCAUCUUCUUCGUUCCCUCAAUCAGGAGUUGCAGCUGCACUACGCCGCAGUCCCAGCGCCAUGAAGCUCCUCGCGGUCGCCGCUGUGUCCUUGAUCCUGCUUGUGACCUCUCAGAUGCUGGUCACUUCCCAAGCAGCCGGCUGCGACGUCUUCCAACUAGCGCCGUGUAUUGCAGCCAGCAAGAAUGCCAACGUGAGGCCCUCCAGGCAAUGCUGCUCCAACGUCGCCAGCAUGGGCAAGGGGCUUCCGGGAGCCGCGACGUCUUCCAACUAGCGCCGUGUAUUGCAGCCAGCAAGAAUGCCAACGUGAGGCCCUCCAGGCAAUGCUGCUCCAACGUCGCCAGCAUGGGCAAGGGGCUUCCGGGAGCCAACUGUCUGUGUUCUCUCCUGAACCACCCCCUGGCCAGGUCGCAAGGGGUGGCUCCCCGGAUCGCUCUCGGCAUCCCCCAGAAAUGCCGCAUCGCCGUCCCGAGGGGCUUCGUGUGCCAAGAUACGCUUUCACGCCUUCUCCCACGCUGAUGCAGUUCUUUGCCUUCCAGCCGCCCAGCCGCCCCAGGGGGUGGGUUGUAGCAGCGAAUUGUCACGUCCCAUCCUUCGCGUCGUCCGGUGAUGUCUUUGCUCCUGCUGCCUUGCCUCGUACGUCAUGGUUGUGGACAUGCUGCCGACAGUGCGGCGGCGAGUGCACCGCCUUGUGCGAAGCGGAGCCGAUCACGAUCAUGGGGUUGCCACUCAUGGCUUUGACUUGCAUGCUGUGCAGGAAUUCGAGUCCCCGGAAGCUGAGCUCUCAGGGUCCAAGCUGGAGCACUGCCGUCUCCACGUGGGGUCGAAGUGGAUGGAAAUCUUCUGAGCGUGCACCCGAGUAGAGUGGCAUUGUGUACUCCCCUGUGAAAGCGGGAAAAUAUCUAUAAAUGUGACAAAUCUGUUCCGUGA